UCUACCACGGGCGAGCCUUUCGACUCAGUUUUAACGCACGUUUGAAACGACAAACUAUAUGUUAUGUUCGCUCGGUAAUUAUUCAAAUCGGAAGCGACUCUUAAAUCAGUUAUUUUUUGGCCGGCUCUUGUCUCCGCGUAUCCUUAGUUAAUCAUAGUUUAUUUUUAUCACGACGUGUUAAUAACAGUGGGGGCCUCCAUUUCGCUCUAGUAUUUGUUACAAUCGCUCGCGGAAACGUCGAAAAAUUCGCGAAAUUUGUUCACCUAGAGACCUAUUAAAUACUUUUUGGACGCGGGAACAUUUUGAAUGUUCGUAUUUUGGCGGGAACGCGUGUGAUGGCUGUGUAGAUUGAACAAUGUUUUUUUACGUAUUCGAGGUUAGGCGGUAUACUAGAUGUUUAAACAAGUGUGUUUUCUAAUGGAUUUAUUUUGAGGUGAGUUUAAAUUUACUUGUGUUGGUGUAUUGUUUGUUCGUGUUUAUGUGUUCGGUGGCGGGAAACCGAAUACUCAGCCGGUUCUUUGCAUGUAUUGUAUUCAAAACAUUGGGUUCGUAUCGGCUCAGUCAUUUCAAGAGUGCCAUAGAGGUGUGCCGCAGGGAGCCCUAUUUAGACACUCACUUUGUAACUCUAUAUAUAAUUGUGGUGUUGAACUUGUGAUACCUGGAUGUGUCUCCAGCGAGAUGAAGACGACCUCUUUAUAGGUGACACGACACCAAUGGUGCAACUACCACUCCUGGGUCCUGAGACAGCGCUAAACACAAGUCCGGGUGGUGCUGCGAAGCCGCCACCACUCAACUCUUUCGAGCUGGACCGCUGCUUGGACAGAGAGGAGGCCGGGCGGUGGGGAGGCGAAGCAGCACGGCGUCGUAGACGCAGCCCACCGCGUCGCUCGCCAACAGCUGAAAAUGAACCACUAUCUCUUGCUAGGGCAUCAGCUCCAACGUCGCCAACAGCUGGUUCAACUCAAUCCAGCCCAGCACCAGCCUCGCCAUCGGGCAGCACCAAUGCAGGUGCCAGGUCUCCAUUACCAUUAGUUGCGCCAGAUCUGCUAGCUAUGCAACUGCUCGACCAGCACAGCCAGCUUCAAGCGCUGAUGAAGCAACGCCUGUUUCAUCAGCAUCAUAUGCAGAAACAGCACAUGUCAUCGGAGGCUGCGAAAAGACUGGAGCAGUCACGAUUGCAAGACCAAAUAAGCCUCAAUCUGCUCUCACAGUCCCAUCUUCAAGCACCAGAUAGUUCGCCAGGUUCCCUCCAGCAACAGCUUGGUGCCCAACAGCAACAGCUGGUACAGCAAUUGCAGGCGGUCCAGAGGCAAUAUCUGAUGCACGCACCACUUUCAGUACCACCAAAUGCACCACCAGGUCUAAUGUUAUGGGGUAGUGAAAUAGAAGAACAUCCCUUGUAUGGACGAGGUGUCUGUAAGUGGCCGGGAUGCGAUGCCCUCGCUGAAGAUUUCCAGGCCUUCCUCAAGCACUUAGAAGCAGCACACACAUUAGACGAUCGUUCAGCUGCGCAGGCGCGUGUCCAGAUGCAGGUGGUAGCCCAGUUGGAGCUGCAGCUACGCCGUGAGAGGGACCGUCUCGCUGCCAUGAUGCGUCAUCUCCAUGCUGCAAGGGAUACCGCUCAUCAUCAUAAAAUGCCACAUGGACCUGCCAGUGAAGGCGCAUCCCCAGGUCCCGUGAGGCGUCGGGUCUCCGAUAAAUCAGGGGUGGCCAUAGCUGGAGGUCUUCCAUACAUGCUCGAAAGAGCUGGAUUAGAUGUACAGCAAGAAAUACAAAGGAAUCGAGAAUUUUAUAAGAGCGCUGAUGUGCGGCCGCCCUUUACUUACGCAUCACUUAUAAGACAGGCCAUAAUAGAAUCUCCAGACAAACAGCUCACUUUGAACGAGAUUUACAACUGGUUCCAGAGUACUUUCUGUUACUUCAGACGAAACGCGGCCACUUGGAAGAACGCUGUACGACACAACCUUUCGCUGCACAAAUGCUUCAUGCGAGUGGAGAACGUGAAAGGCGCCGUGUGGACGGUAGACGAAGUGGAGUUUUACAAAAGGCGACCGCAGAGAGCCACUCACGCGCCGCCGCCGCCGUUGCAUCACGCCGGAUUUUUGGGAGCUCAAAGCCCACCAAUGAUGACUAGUCCUCAUGGAUACAGCGAAGCCUUGAAGCGAAACCUUCAGGGUAUGAUGGAGGAUUGCAAUCUAGCGUACAUGUCCACGGAUGAUCAUAUGAUGCAAAGUGAUGAUUACCAAUCAUCCCAUGAGGAUUACAGCCGUCCACAAAUGAUGAACGGUUACGGCAACAGCAGUUCCUCACACGACGUCAAAGCCGAAGAUCUGAGUGCUAACGACGCACAAGACAUUAAGCCAAAUAUUUAUGCGCUGAAGAACGAAAUGCAGGCUUCUGAUUAUACUAGUAAAGAACCUUCUUUUUUAGGAGAUUAUUCAAAUUCCACCAAGGAGUCCUCGAGCAACCGCUCCAGCGAGACAAGCCCAUACAAUGAGUACGCGCGUCCCGAGGAUAGAUACCGGGCCCUCUCCCACAUCAAAGACGAGGCAGAGAACUUGUCCCUCAACGAGCAAAGGUCUGACAAGUAGAUUUUUAAAUUUGGAAUUCCAUCGAAAAUCAUCGAAGUGAUUGAACUAAGCAAUACAAAGUGAUUACGAAUUUUGCACUAGCAUUAUCACAAUAUUUACGGGUAGUUGUAUUUUGUGAAGUGUUCAAUGGACUAUAGUUUACCAAAAACGUUAAUUUCACCCGGUUUUAACGGGAAGUAUUAUUUUUAGUUCUAGCUAUUUUGAAUUGUUAGCGGCAUUGUUAGUAAUGCCUUAAUAAAGGUUCAUAUCAAUAUUGAAAUAUUUAAAAGUAUUUAAUCAUUAUUUGUAAUAAAUAUGAACAAUAAGUAGUUGUAUCGAUAAGUAUAGUACAUUAGCGCAAAGCGUUUUGGUUCGCGUUCAUUCCUUGUUAGUUUGAAUCUGUUCGCUUAGAAUUUGAUUUUUAAAAAAAUUACAUUCAAGUCUCAAUUAAAUUGAAAUUGGUCGAAAUUGUAAACGAAAAAAGUUUCCAUUGGUAAAAACAGAAUUUUUUAACAAAUUUUUCUAACAAGGAAGAAGAUCUCAAAAUUUUACAAUAGCAACACUUUUAUUUUUUUAUAUUCAAUGUAUACGGAAUUGAUCUGAAUUAUUUCUGUGUUAAGUGCCAUACUGAGGUACUAUUUUGUGAUUUUAUUUUUUGUUUUAUAGGCUGUAAAUAUUUAUCGUGAUUAUCAUGAUAUAAAUUAAGUAUAGUUAAGAUCGCGUUUAAUUCGAAUAACUUUGAAUUAACAUAAUCCCAGUACAAUUCUUCGACUUAAUUAAUUUCGUACAGCAGAUUCUAGUUACAGUAAGUUAAUAAAAUAGGCUUUGUUGGUUCUAGCUUAUUGGCUAGCGUUGUGUUUCAAAAGUUCAGUCUUAUACAAUACAGUUUUGUGGCCAAUUCUGUGAUCGUUUUUUAAUUCAUUAGCAUCAGGGCGCAGUUCAGUUGCCUAAUGUGUGGCACGAAAGAACUGUCUUGUGUCAACAAGGUGUUUGUCAUUUUUGGCACAAAACAUGCAAUCCUUGUGUUAAUUCAAAGUUAUCAGUUUCCAUAUAAAAUUGUUCUUGUUGUAGAGAAUUUAGUAAUUUAGAAAAUUAAUCUUUCUGAUUUCUUUGUGCAUUUUGUUUUGAAGUGCAUUUAUUCCGAAUAUUAAAGGGUGUAAAUCAUAUCACAGUGUAUAGUUAACUAAUAGGCAGUUGAAAUGUACGCAUUUACAGUAGUUUAGCACACUUCACUUAGAAUUAAUGUAUUUUAACUCUUUGGUUUCACUGAGCCACACGUUUGUCGAAGUACCGAACGGUUUUGUAUGGUGUACAUAUACAGCGUCCUUAGUUUGUAACUUCCAAUACAGGGCUACCGAUUGUGACGUUUUCUGUCUUAUCCUGUCGUUACCGUGGGAUCGGGCGGAAAUUAUUCCGAUUGGAAUCGCAAUUGGAAGUUACAGAGUACGUGCGUAGGCCGCCGUAAAUUACUCAUUACGAUAGCCUUUAAUACUUCAUAAAACUCCAUGGCUUUAUUGAAGUUUUGUAACGAUUCGAUAAAAGUUGACUCAAUUUUUUAAAUAUCCAAUUUUACAUUUAUAUAAAUUUAGAUUUUAAAUGCCAGAUUAAAUAAUGUUCUGUAAGUUUAAGCCCGAACAAAACGGGCACGAAAUUUUAGUUAUUACAGUACAAAAAGUUUUUUUAAUAUGGAAUUGAUUGAUUAUGUACAAAUUUUAAUUUAAGAUUAUUUGUACAGUAACCGCUUUUGUUAUAUAUUGUUAAUUAUAUGACUAAUGCUUAGAUUUUUUAAUAUAUCAUCUUGUUUAUUUCAGUUUCACCGGUUAAAAACCCCAAAAAGUUUAUGAUUGUGAAUUUAAAUCCAAUACAUUUAUGACAUCUUCAUUCAGUCUUAUAGAUGAAUAAGAAUAUAUAUAUAUAACAGUAUUAAAAAAUCUAAGCAUUUUAAGUUAACAGUGUUAAAAGACAUGAAUUGGAGUUUCGUACCAAGUAGGCAUUUUAUGUAGUUUUAAACUCUGUUUAGUCUCGAGUCUCGAUCGAUAUUGUUCGUUCAUUGAUCAUUGUAAAUUAUACUUAAUUAGUGUUGUAUUAAACCAAAUU